AUGGUAGGAUUGAGUACCUCUAAAUUUUUAUCUAUUUCAGUGCAUCUAGCUCCUUUGAAUUCAUGUUCGUACUUCACUGCUCCCAACCAGGUGAAACUGACAUGGGAUCGUCCAUUGCAUGUGAAUGGACAUAGCAAUUUCGGCGGUUACUAUGUGUACGUGGAAAAGCUGCUGAAUGGCGAGCCUGUGAAUCGACGCCGUUCCAAAUACGAUGUGAUCAAUGACCUUUCGAAACGUUACUGGGAGAUCGAUAAGUUAGAGCCGAAUACGGAAUACGCGUUCAGAAUAAAUGCGUUUAAUCGUAAUGGAGACGGCGAAUACACGGACGAAGCGAUAGUCACUUGGCCGGGAUCCGUUACGUAUAAUGUAUGGUAUAAAGCUGAAGGAGCCACAAAUCACAUGAAGAAGACCGUCAACGGUACAGCGAAUAGCGUCGAACUUACUGGACUGUGUACGGUUUAUAACGACAAUAGAAUUUGUUAA